AUGAGUGAGAGAAAUUCAAAAAGGAUACGCGACAAACAUAAUGAAGAGGAACGCAAAAGACGUGAUCUGAUCAAACACUGCUUUGCAAAUCUUAAAGAUGCUGUUCCAACACUACGAGAUGAAAAACCUGUUAGCCGUGCCAAGAUAUUAAGAAAAGCAGCUGAAUACAUACAACAUAUGAAAGCAAAGAAUAAAGGCCAUCAAGAAGACAUUGAUAGCCUCAAUCGGAAGAAUGCUAUGUUGGUAUAUCAGAUCAACCAGUUACAGAGAAUUAAAGAUACUAGAACAUUUACUGAGCAGCAUAGUAAUUUAGCUAAUUUAGUCGUAUCAGAAACAGACAAUUCUGAUGCAUCAGAAGAAGAUCUUCAAAAAUCUAACAGGACCAAGGAAAAAAAAGUUUUGUGA